UCUGACUCUCCCCUUACCCCAAUGUGCCGGGAUCGUCAUGCAUUGGGCUGCCAUUUUAUUUUAUGAAUAGUUGCUCAAAGAAAUAGAGAAACUCAUACUGGAAUAUUUACAGAAAAAUCUGAAAAUCCAUCAGAGAGAAAGAGCUGCAAUAUAACUUUUCACUCCAUUACACUAUUGCUUGGUACAAUAAUCUAUCUUUAUACAGUCUCAGCAAGUCUUAGGCUUCAGCCAAGAUCCCCCGGACUCCAUAGCUUAGAAGAACAAAAUAACAGACUAGUCAGAAAAAAGUGCAGCUUUAAUUGGCUCCAAAAUGUGCCCGGGAGGAAUUUGAUCUCUUCAAUCUCGAGAUACCACCAGGAAAGUAGGUUUUUUAGUUGCCCAAGAUUGAGUAAGAUCUUUGAACAUCAAUGAGAAAGUGCUUGCAAGUACUUGCCUUCGAAGAUGAAGAUGAAGAUGAAGUUGAUGAGGCUGAACUCUUUGGAGCCAAAGUAAGAGAAUCGUUUGUGCUAAAUUCCCUCUCGUCUUCAUUUAUUGUAUCUAACAUCUUUGAAGCUCGGUGGUGCCUCAUGACACCAACAAAUUUUGAUGGUGCAACCUCAGUGACAAACCUUGCAAGGCGAGAGCUUGCCAUUAUUUUACUUUUGAAGGUUUUAUGAGUCAAAAAGGUACAGUAGGAGCCAGAGAAAAUGCUGAAGGGAAAGAAGAAAGGGUUGUGGAUGAGCAAGAACUCACAUUGUUGUUGAAAUUUAUAGGGGUAUGGGUUGGCUUAAGUUAAGUCAGUGGAUGAG